AUAUCUUUCCCUAUUUAUUACUCUUUGUCAAACCGCCAUAGAGACCCCGUCUGUAAGGGUAGCACUACCAACUGACACAGUAACUACUGAGCUUCUUAGUACGCAAACGUAGGCAAGGACAAAAUGGGGCUCCCACAGCUGACAACAUGUUGCUUCGUCUUCGACUUGAAGACUGGGUGUAUCAUCAUGGGCAGUAUCAAUGCUGUCCUAUCAUUCACCAUGCUAACACUAAUGAUAGUGCUCGCAGCAGAGGUAGGAGCGAUCGACUUGGAAGUGCAAUAUGCAGGAGACAUAGAGAUGCAAGCGGGCAUGACUGGCCUGUAUGCCAUGACCAUCAUACUGGUCAUCAUGUUCCUGGUUAAGUUCCUCAUCGAUAUAGCUUUUGUUUAUGGAGUUUCUACGGAGCGGCAAGGCAUCAUCAAGGCAUACAUGAUCAUGUGGAUCGUGUUCUUCAUUCUCUCCAUGUUCAUAUUCUUCCUCAAUUCUCCAAACAUCAGCGUCGGGACUAUCUUCACUGAACUCAUUUAUAUUGCUCACAACGUGUACACCAUACUGCUCUGCAACAGUUUCUACAAGCAACUCAACAGCAGAGAAGAGGUAUAAACCACCACAGCCUGUCAUAUGACGUCACAAACCAUGUAGCAUUGAAUGCAAUACCAAUUUACUUACUUAGUAUUAGGUACGUU